AUGAUACAACAGACUCGCACUGAUGCAGUGUCGCUACCCGGUUAUCGGGUAUACGCCAAGUCUCCGAAGGUCAGCGACGGUAGAGGCAUAUGCACAUUGGUUCGCAAGGGACUCACCUUCAUUGAGCACGAGUUGCACAACAGUAAAAUCGAAUACACUCUCAUCGAGGUCGUUACGGGCAAGAAACAAAGGAACAGCACCUUUAUGCUUAACGUCUAUAGUAGCCCUUCACACUGGAAGCAAAAAUUCAAGACGCUCCUUCACAGAGCCAGCACCGUGGCGGGCACUCACAGGCUCGUCGCCUGCGGAGACUUCAACGCGGCGCACCCGGCAUGGGGAUAUAACAAGCAAUUGGCCAAGGGGCGAGACCUGUUCCAAGACACAUUAGACCUGGGCUUCACCCUCAUCACAGACCCGUCUGAUGCUACAAGGAUUGGGAACUCUGUGUCAAGGGAUACGACGCCGGACCUUACGUUCGUGAAGAACGACGAGAAGGGAAAUAUCUCCUGGCGCAACACGGGGUCAGAGCUCGGCAGCGACCACUACAUCGUAGAGGUCAUCAUACCGGAGGAGGUCAAGGCCUCGGAGGAUACCAGAAAACAUAAUUUUACGGAUUGGGAUGCCUUCCAUAGCCUGUUACCAACGGAGAUGGAGGAAAUCGAGAACAGAAGAAUGCCGACAACAGUGCCUAGGCCUCAGGCGUAA